ACGUGGGCUUGGCGAGCGCGCUGGGAGGGGGUUGGUAAUGUGGUGAGCGUGUGACUGAGCGAACCGUGUGGAGGGAGCCUGCGACCUCGGGCGUGAAACAAGUAUGGUUUCCUCCGUUUGUAAGGGGGGGUGUGGUAACCCUGGGAAUGCUUGUUGGAGUCAAAAUAUGGGUUGCUAACCUGCCUGCCGAAGAGCCCUGGUAGCGCAGUAGUUAAGCGCUCGGCUGCUAACCGAAAGGUCGGCGGUUCGAACCCACCAGCCGCUCCACGGGAGAAAGAUGUGGCAGUCUGCUUCCUUGAAGAUUACAGCCUUGGAAACCCUAUGGGGCAGUUCUGCUCUGUCCUGUAGGGUCGCUGCGAGUCGGAAUCGACGCAGGCCAGUGGAUUGGGAUGGGUUAACCUGGCUUCCUGAGUGUGGUAAUCUCUACUGCCCCUGCUUCCCUCAGACAAAUUCCUGUGGUGUAACCGAGGGAGGAUGAUGUGGGGUUCGUCCUGUAGUUAUUAUGUUUUUAAUUCCAUUUUUUCCUUCUUAGGCGCAAAUUUUAGAGUGUGAGACAGUCAUUCCUCUUCUCCUUUAGCAGCCCUCUGAAUAAGACUGAGGGUCACCACGGAUAGCUUUCCUUGUCAGUUUUUUUUUUUUUUUUUUAAACUAUUCGACCUUGAUGCGGAUAUAAACACCCUUCCCCUUGUCUCUGACAUCAGAUUUGUAAUCCCGGUAUUUUAUCCCAUUUGUGUUUCUGUAUAGAAGUGAGGUGUCUAUUCCAUGAAUGGGGUUAUUAACCGCUUUGAACGUAACUUCGAUGUAAAUUCUUUCAGUGUGCUUUCCCAUUAAUUGCAUAAAUUUUUCCGAGAUCUAUCUGGAAAGUAUAUGGGCAGCCUAAUAUGGAAGAUUUUUCUUAUUUGUGGGCGUAUGAUUGAUAUACGUUCUUAAUUGUUAAAUGAUACGAAAAUUGCAUUUUUUUCCUCACAUUGUUGAGUAGGUUAAAGUUAAUCUCUUCAGUUGGUUUUUAAAAAACAAUUCGUUGUCUAAAUACUAUAAAGACACUCAUUUGGAAUAAAACAAUUCUCUGAAAUUCCCACCACGGAGAUUCAACAUUUAUAUUCUAAAUUUUAGUAUGGAAACUUCUGAUUUAAAAGUUAACAGUCAUAGUUAACUUUGUUUUCUAAGUGUUACUGUGUGUUAUUUGGUUAGUGUGUCAGGAGAGGAGGCCUAUUUUGUUUUGAGGUAAUCAAUCUUGUAUUCUUUUCUGUCUUGGUUAGUGCUUUUAAUUUCCUUCUUUCAUGUCAUUGAUUUAGCUGUUAGCUUGGCAACAUGGCUGUUGAUGUUUUUAUCUUUCUCUGUCUCCCUUUUUUCUCUCUUGUCUUCUCUUACCCCUACCAGGUGCUGGAGUCUGCUUGUCAGGGAGGGGGGCAGUCUGUGAUUCUGAGGAAAGAGAACCAAGAAGGGGAACAUCAUUUUCAGACACGUACAAUCUUCUGCUCAGUCAAGAACCACUUUUCCCUUCCCGCCUCUCCCCCUGCAGGGGGUAAGGAGCUGAGUAUCUAACUUAAGUUGUUGGCUACCAGCUAAAAUUCCACUUAAUUUUAGUGGAUAACUUCUUUAUUUUCGUCAUGUUUACUCACAGUCACUAUUGGAUAUACUUCCUUGAGUAGUAGUAGUGAGUUUCUGGGAAGAGUCUCAACAAGAAAUUAUCCUUUUUUUUUCUUUUUCCCUUCUCAUUCAGUCCCCUUUUCCUCUCCAGAGGGAAGUUAGCAGUAAAAUAUACCCCUUCUUAGCCAUAUUGAUAAGAAAACACACUAAAGUGGACAUUCUUCUGACCAAUACACAACAGCCAAGCCUCAGGCAUUAGUUUGUUGGGGCACAAGGAGAAACAUACCUUAAAAUUUCCCCGUUUCCAAAUUUGCAUCCACCUGGGAUUUGCUGCUUGGGUAAGUCACUAGAUUGAUUUCAUAAAACUUCUCCCUUCCCUAUGAGCUGAAAGACCGAUCAACCAUGAACACAGGAAGGGGCUGGGGAAAGAGGACAGAGCAGAUCAAGUUGUUCCACACUGUGGGAAGCAGGAGUAGAUUUUAUCAUCUUCCUCUGGGGAGCAGGCAUAGAGACCUAAACUGAUUGAAAAUGGGUGGAGGAAGAACUUCUAUACCCACGAACAACAUGUGAAGAGUGAGAGAAAACCAAACAUAAAAGUAAGGAGGAGUUCACGUUCAGGAGGAAAUAACCCAGGAAGAAGAAGAAAAAGCAGAUCAAGAUGUGUAGCUCUGUGGCUGCGAAGUUGUGGUUUUUGACAGAUCGUCGCAUCAGGGAAGACUACCCCCAAAAAGAGAUCUUAAGAGCACUGAAGGCCAAAUGUUGUGAGGAAGAACUGGACUUUAGGGCUGUUGUGAUGGAUGAGGUGGUGUUGACAAUCGAGCAAGGGAAUCUGGGUCUACGGAUUAAUGGAGAACUAAUCACUGCCUACCCGCAGGUGGUGGUAGUGAGAGUACCAACCCCUUGGGUACAAAGUGAUAGUGACAUCACUGUUUUGCGCCAUCUAGAGAAGAUGGGAUGUCGAUUGAUGAACCGACCUCAAGCCAUCCUGAACUGUGUUAAUAAGUUCUGGACAUUUCAAGAGUUGGCUGGCCAUGGUGUUCCUCUGCCAGAUACUUUCUCUUAUGGUGGCCAUGAAAAUUUUGCUAAAAUGAUUGAUGAAGCAGAAGUAUUGGAGUUCCCAAUGGUAGUGAAGAAUACACGGGGUCAUAGAGGCAAAGCUGUUUUCUUGGCUCGGGAUAAGCAUCAUUUGGCUGAUCUAAGCCAUCUUAUUCGCCAUGAAGCUCCAUACCUGUUCCAGAAGUAUGUUAAAGAGUCCCAUGGACGGGAUGUACGUGUCAUAGUUGUGGGAGGCCGUGUGGUUGGCACCAUGUUACGUUGUUCAACAGAUGGGAGGAUGCAAAGCAACUGCUCACUAGGUGGUGUGGGGAUGAUGUGCUCAUUGAGUGAACAAGGGAAGCAGCUAGCCAUCCAGGUGUCUAAUAUCCUGGGGAUGGAUGUGUGUGGCAUUGACCUAUUGAUGAAAGAUGACGGCUCCUUCUGUGUCUGCGAAGCCAAUGCAAAUGUAGGUUUCAUCGCCUUUGAUAAGGCUUGUAAUCUAGAUGUAGCUGGUAUCAUAGCAGACUAUGCCGCCUCCCUUCUGCCCUCUGGCCGGCUCACCCGGCGUAUGUCCCUGCUCUCCGUGGUGUCCACGGCCAGUGAGACUAGUGAGCCGGAGCUGGGUCCCCCAGCCAGCACUGCUGUCGACAACAUGAGCGCGAGUUCCAGCUCUGUUGACAGCGACCCAGAAAGCACGGAGCGGGAGCUGCUCACCAAGCUCCCAGGGGGGGGCCUGUUCAACAUGAACCAGCUGCUAGCCAAUGAAAUCAAACUCCUGGUGGAGUGACUCCACUGGUAAAUAAUUAACCAACAAAACUUGUAAAACUUACUUUCUUUUUCUUUCUUCUUAUUAUUAUUUUUUAACCACCUUGCAAUGCUGUUCAUGGAAAAUACUCAGGAAGAUGAGAGAAAAUUAAGUUAGUUGAGGGAAGGGGGAGAUAGACAAGACCUCUGCUAUUCCAUGGGACUGAUUUUCAUUUACAGAUCCUAUAGAUCUUUUUUUUUUUUUAUAUAUAGAUCUAGUCUGAAACGAGGCAGAAGAGGUGGGAUACAGAAAAAUGUCAAGUUCUCAUAGUUUCUUUUUAAAAUAAUCAAAAAUUUGUAUGCUUUUGGGCCAUGAGGAACAUAUAAAAUUUUUCAUGGUUCCUUGCAUCUUUUAUUUUUGUAUAGUGGGUACAAAUUUCAGAGUAGUAUGACUUUCCAUUGUGUUGCAAAAAAAUUUGUACUGGGUGAGGAACAUGCCUAAAUUACAGAAAUUUUUAAAAAUACAAAUCUGAAACCUCUGCCAUUUCCAGAUCAACUAGCAGCUGUAUGUUACAGUUUCUAAAGUCUUGAGAGACUCUCAUUGAGUUUUCUUAUUUUUUUGUUUUUGUUUUGUUUUUUUUCCCUUAAUUUAGGUGAAAGGGCAAAAUAAAUAAAACCCAGUAAAAGUUUUCUAAUGGCAAAAUUGGCAUGUUUGCAUGAUGAAACGGAAAUGAACAGGAUUGCAAUGUCUGGUAUACGAAAUAACAUUUACGCCAAUGUAGAUAAAAUUACCCUAGUUUAAAGUAUGUGUAUUGACUUGUAUUUGUUAGUGUUUUAGUCUUUUUGAAAGAUAUAUGCUCUGUUAAUGUUGCUUUUUUUUUUUUUUUAAUACAUGCUAGUCUAACAUUCCCUGCUCUAUGCCUGCAUCUUUAACAAUGGCCAAAGUGAAGAAAAUGCUACCUUUUUUGUUAACAAGAUACUGACUUGAAACAUGUGCAUUUAAAGCCUUUUAUUUUUUCCUUUUUUCUUUGGUGGUUGGGCAAUGAAAGAUAAGGGCAAGGAAAAAUUUGGGAGGGGGGGAUAAGUCAAGGGCCUAUAAGUUCUUAAGUAUAAAAUUGAAGUGAUUUCUAAUGCCAGCGUUAUAUAUUUGCAUUUUUCACAUUUUGGGAGGGAGUAUAUAUGUGUGUGUGCACGCAUGCAUGUGUAUGUGUUUCGCUUUUUUUUUUUUUUUAAUCAACCAGUCAAAAAGGGUAGACCCUAGAAAAUGGAGCAUGAUGGGAAACACAAGUUUCGACUUUAAAAAUCAGAAGUUCUUUUCAUAAUUAGACUCUACUGGAGUAGAGAUACCCACCUGAAGAUAUAAGGAGAAUGGAUAUUUCCUAGGCUUUCUGUGUAUAUGUAUGUUUGGUUUAUUCUUUGGUUCUCGACAGUUCAGUGUAUGAUUUAUUCAAGGCUACAUGCUUCUCUUCAACGCUUCUGGCUAUGCAUUUUCUUCUUUUAAUCACAGAAUUUGGUGUGGGGUGGAUUGGACUGUUUUUGUUGGGGGACUUAUUUAGUUAGCUGUACUGAGCCCUACUCUUAAGCCUUCAGUACUCUCCACUCUUUAUAUUCCUUUACUUUCUGAAUUUAUAAAAACCCCAAAACUGCAUAUGACACAAGCCUUUAAAACAUGGGUAAUACUGUCCCAAUGAUGGGUUUGGAAAGUAUGUUACAGAGAUGCUGCAAAGCUCAACGUAAUUUUUAAUCAGCAAGUUCCAUCUCCCUACAAUCCUCCGAAGCUUUUACCCAAGCCCUUUCUUGCCUCUCCAAUGCUAUUUUCCUUCAGAUGGACCUUAAACAUAAUUUCUCGGACACUACUAGAGAGACUUCGAGGCAAUAAUAAAAGAUCAGUAUUAACCAGCUCUCACAGAGGUUUGAUCAUGCUUACUUGUACAGUUUUCCCCGUUUUAAAAAGGAAUGUAAUAAAUUUGUUUUUUUCAUAGAAUUAAAUAAUAUUAAAAUUGAGUGAAAGGUUGAUUGUUGACAAAUAGAAUAGUACCUAUAAUCUGUGCAGUGUCUCAUUUCACUUCAGAAAAAGAUACGUACGAAGAAUUUUUAAUUUAUCUCAUAGGGUAUUUUAAUCACACCUAAAAGAAUUUGACUUGAGCAGGGUUAUUGGGGCACUCACACACAUAUGUAAACAUUGGUACUUGGUACCAUUAACAGAAAGAAAUACUUGGUACUUCUUUCACUGAAUGACCAUACUUUGGGGGAUUUGUGCUAUUUGGUGUAGAGGAAAAAAGAACUGCUCAGUUAAAUCAUCAUUCAUAUAUUUGUGUAGAGACCAUCUGGUUGCCACUUAUGAUACAUAUAUUUUAAAUAGUUAUAUAUCACAUGUACGUAGAUUAAUGGAAAUAGAACAAACUAUUUGAUGAAAAACUCAAGGUUUGUGUUAGUGGGAUAAGGGACUAGGGAAAAUUGUAGUUAACUUUUUUUUUAAACCUCUACCAAGUUAACCAGCUAUAGGAAAUAACUGAAAUUAUUUGCCCUUUAGUUUACUCACCAUUUAUCCAUCUUUUGUCCAUUCACACUAUAUUAAAACAUUUCUGCCAACCAGCUUCUGGAUUGUACAGUCACAUGUUAGAAUGAAAAAGGCAGGAAUGGUCAUCGCAGACUUCAAAAACAUGGUUAUUUUCAUGCAUUCCCUCAAAAAUUAAAGAAUGUGGACAAAUCAUUCUGGAAGAACCCAAAUGAUACAGCAGCAGAUAUUUAAGUGAAUAUUAAGUUUAUUUUUAUAAUUGUGUAAUAACUUUUGUAUAAUCUUCAUUGCUAUUUUGAGAGGUAAAAAUGUAUUUAUCAAAUAUGUAUAAUGAUUAUCAUGCCAAAAUCUGAAUUAUUGUAAAAUUUGUGUAUUGUUAAAAUUGUAAUUAUAAAUUGUAUUUUAAAAAUAAUUCUGAUAUUGUUUUUAUGUAAUCUGUGAUGAAGACUGGACUUUAUAUACGUAUAUAAACACACACACACAUAUAUAAGUAUGAACUAUUCCAUUUAAAUUUUUUAAUAGUUUUUUUUUUUCCUUUUUGGUGCCUAUAAUUGAUUGGUCAUUUCUGCUGGCUUUUCCUCCACUGAACUUUGAAAUCUUUCUGUGUAUGCUCUCAAUAAGAAAACUGCCCUGGAAUAUUAGAGAAAUCUAACAAGAGACUUGCUCAUCAAGCACUUUAUUAGACUUUGAGAAUGUACCGAAGGCAUUGAAAGAAGUCAUUGACUUUCAUAAUCGUCUCUUCUUUUUCUGAAGGAGAAAACAAUGGAAAAACAAAUUCUCUACAUUCAGUGAAUCCCCAGUUUGGGGGCUGGGGGGGCUUAGAGACAUUGUAAAAUCAAAUUUUGUGUUAUAUUUUUCUCCUGGCUCACUCUUUUUGAGAAGGUUUAUGGGCUAUAUGGCUGGUGAGACACGAUCCCCUCCUAAGAAAAUGUAGGUGCUCAGACAGGUAACCUCUGCUGCUACUGUUUUUAUUUGUCUGUUUGUUUGUUUAAUUUCAUUUACAAUUUGUUUUUGUUGUACUAGGAUUUUUAAAAAUGUAAUAUAUUGCAGGAUUUAUACCAGGUUCACUGCUUUCUUUUUUAUUUAUUUUUCUUAAAAAACAAAACCAAAAAAGUUUCAUUUAAAAUACAUUUAGGCGCCUUUGAAGCUUGGAUUUUGGAAUGUUUCAGUAGUGGACAGAAAUCUGCUGUUGGAAUCUUCUAGUCUUCCAGGUUUAAUUUGAAAUGUUUUUAGUUUUGUUUUUGGAUUUUCGUGUGGUAUUUUAUUUCCUUUAUACCAAUGCCCUUUUGCCAUGCUGUUUUGGGGUGGCUGCCUAACUCUAGUGAAAAUUAUUUUUAUAUUAACGAAUGUUUGGCUUUUUAAAUUCCUUAAUGUUUUACAUUUAAAAAAACUUUUUAAAGAAAUAUUCUAACUCCUUGCACUGUUACUGUUCUUUGCCAGCCUUUUCAGGAGCCAAAAAAAACAAAAACAAACAAACAAAAAAAUACCCAGAGAAAAAACUUUCCUUCUUCCCCCUUCCUGAUGAUGAGUGAGAAGUAUUGAGAACUUUC